AUGUCUUACACGCCUCGACGACGAGGUACAUACCCACCGCUAAACUCACAAUCGUAUUACCAGGACUAUCACCCUUCUUCUCGAAGACCAACGGUCAGGUCUUACACAGUCCGCUCAUCAAGGGGAUAUGAAUCUGCCCAUGAAGCACCGCGCUCAUCAAGGGAACACGAGUCUGCCCAUGAAGCACCGUACUCGUCAUACUACAACCGUCGAGAGCGUCGCCUCUCAAGGCGGCCAAGAUCGCAAUCCACUCGUCAGAGAGAAUACCCGUAUGCCUUUGCCAGCGAAGGAGCCCGUCCGAGUGCGGAUGACAUAAAAGUCACUUAUGACGACCCCGAAGACACCAGAAAACAUGACAAUGCUAGAGAUACCAGAGCGGACGAGACGAUCGAGGUAGAGUAUGAAACCGAUUCAGAGGAAAAGAGACGUCGUCGACGAGCUUCCAAGAAGAAGUCUCGUCAAGAGGAAGACACUUCGCGAUCGACAAAAGGGCGACCGUACUGGGAAGAUCCUUCGGAAUGGUGGGUACGGGAAGAUGGCCGGUUUCGUAUGCCUCCUCCUCCUAUGGGAGACCACAUUGUGCCAGCAGAGACGGAACCCGAAGACGACUCAGCCAACGUGGAUACCAAUGACGAUGAUCAUCCCCAAGAAGCGCCAGAAUCUCAGCGCCAAACAUAUCCCAGAUACAAGACAUUCAUAGCAUCCAAGAGCUCUCGCGGACCUCUCGAAAAGGUCCAAUACAGUCCCAGUGAGGCCGAAGGUCUCGGAAAUUGGAGGCUUAUCGAUAUCGAGUUCAAGGACGUGUGCUAUGAGGAUACAAUGCGGGGCGAAAUGACGAGGAUUCCCUGGACAAAGGCCCGAGUGCCUGUGAACGUGAAGUGGGACCAACAGCCGGUCAAUAGCUGGCUAGACCAUGUGCCAACCGUAUCAAUAAUCAAUGACUUGUUCAGUGAUGUGCCAGACGAAAUGGGGGCUCGGGCCAAGAAGGUCAAGGUCGACCCAUCAGCAGCCGCCGCGAGAGAGCUGGAGGCGGCCCACAAAGGCUGA